AUGGGAGAACAUACCACAAGUAUAGAGACGGAAGUGAGUAUACGUCUCGCCGUCAGUGAGAUGGCUGGAGACGUCAAUGCCCAGACUAACAGGCCUUUGAUAGAAUAUCCCGUUCCCAAUGACGAAAGGGAGAACGAAAGGCUGGACCUGCAACAUCACCUUGUUCUGCGGACUUUCGACGAUCGGCUGGGUACUUCGCCGCCCAACGAUCCGGGCGCCAAGGUCGGACGUGUCCUCGACGUCGGCACGGGAUCUGGCAUUUGGGCCAUUGACUUUGGCGAGGAGCACCCUGAGUCCGAGGUUAUCGGCGUCGAUCUGUCUGCUGUCCAGCCUGCCUUCGUUCCGCCCAACGUCCAGUUCCAAAUUGACAACAUCGAGGAACCCUGGACCUUCUCCCAGCCAUUCGACUACAUCCACAGCCGCAUGAUGACGGGAAGCAUCGGCAACUGGGAAGAGUACAUCCGAAACUGCCACCAGAACCUCGCUCCCGGCGGCUACCUCGAACUCAACGACAUCGACGCCAUUCCCGUGUCCGACGACGGCACCCUCACAGAGGACACGAGCCUCAUGAAGAGCGUGCGCCUGUGGGCCGAGGCGCUCGCCGUCUUCGGCACCCCGUUCGAGCAGUUCAGCAGGCUGAAGGCCGUGCUGGAGGACGUCGGCUUCGAGGACGUCCGCAUCCGGCGCUUCAAGUGGCCCACGAACGGGUGGCCCAGGGACCGGAAGCACAAGCAGCUCGGCAUGUGGAACUACGAGAACCUCGCGCCCAACUGGGAGGGCCUGCUGAUGGCGUCUCUGACCCGCGCGCUGAACUGGACCCGCGAGGAGGUCCUCGUGCUCAUCAUGGAGGCCCGCAGGGACUUUGGGAACAGGGAGAUUCAUGGGUACUUCAACUUCUGGUCCAUUUACGGGAGGAAACCUGAAAAGGAUGCCAAGGCGGGAGGGGCUGAGAGCUAA